AUGAGCGGCGAAGAAGAUUGGGAAGAGCUCUUGCGAAAUCACCCUGUGUUUUCUCUGCCUAAAAGCGUGUCUGGUCCUCGCGGGAAGGGCGAGGAGUCCUUGAACCUCUCGCUGAGCUCGCUCCCGGACUUUGUGAACCUUGAUCCUAUUGACGACAAACCGACUCCAUCUGGGCGGAGACAAGCGGUCGCUAUCAAAGAUGCCGACCUCAUAGUGGCCGUUGGUACUGAGGUCCGGAUCACCAGUCUCGGAGACUCGAAGGGCGCGCGGAACAGCUCUGAGAAGUUCUACAAAAUCUUGCAUACCCCGAACCUGCAGUUUGAAAUCCACCAGGUUGCGCUGAACCCGAGCGGAAAGCUACUGGCCGUCGCCGGUGCCUUCCAGGUGGCGGUCAUUGUGCUGCCUCGAACAGGCUUCAACAAAUUGGUCACCGCGACUGUUGACUGCAAGUCCAUUCAGAUAGGACAGUACUACCAUGCCGCAGAUAACUCUGCACCUGUCGCCAAGAUUGAUUGGCAUCCAUGGGGUCAGGGUGGCUCUACGCUCCUGGUCAUGACCGUCGAUGGCAAAUUGCGAGAAUAUGACAUCUCGGCCGACGCCGACGAACCCCAGCAAACCCUCUCGUUUGUCCCUGAGAAGAAGAGAAACACUUUCGAUGCGGAGGACGCAGCAGAGCGAGAAGUGGCGUCGUUCACGUUUGGCAAGGGUAAGGCAGACUGGGGUCCGCUCACCGUCUACGCUGCUAUGCGAAGUGGCGACGUAUAUGCUAUAUCGCCAUACAUGCCCAAGAACGCCUCGGUACCAUCAACCUACGUGCAUGCGUUGGAAUGUUAUGUUGCUGCUAAGCAAGAAUUUCUAUCAGCCUCAACCGGCGGCGACUCCGGAACCUCGGACGGCCUGACUACGGUUUAUGACUACCAGCGCAAAUAUGUCAACGCGCUACUAAAGCAACUGCCCCCUGGGACUGCUUGGCCAGCCACUACACGCCUUGUACCAAUGCAUCCACCCACCACCAUCAAGAACACACCCGCUCGGCAAGGGCCUUUCCUCCUACAGCCGUCACCCCGAAAUUUGGCAGGGAGCGACGGUGGCGAUGCCACAGACAUAGUAUACUUGUCCUUUGGCGACGACGCGGCUGAGGAGAGUGAGGGGGAGACAGAGCGCCUGGGGCUAGUCCUUCUGUCUUUCCAGGAUGGCAAAGUCGAUCUUCUUCUUGAUGUCGAAAAAGUUGAGGCAAGAUGGGAAAUGAAGCAGAAAACAUCGAACGAGUUGCCCAUGCUCGCAACAUAUGAGAGCAUCGACCUCGGCAUUGUGUCCACGCUCAAGAGUGCAAGCACCUCGCAACGUGGCCAGUCACUCCUGGAGCUCGUGCAAGGAAAUCACCCGGUCUUCCUUGCCGAUCCAAUACACGACGACACGAUCUACGUCUAUCAUGCAUUUGGCGUCCAUGUGCUGCAACUAGAACCCCUUCUGAAGGGUCUCGCAAUCGCAUUGCGUGACACUAACGACGAGGCUAACAGUGACGCCGGGUCAUUGGAGGCUACACUGGACAAGGUCGCACAAGCAGACGUAUUGCCAAUACUCUUGACUUUCUCUGUCGAACAGCAAUCGUCCUCCCCAGUUGUUGGUGUAGCAGUGCCCAACGACGUCUACCUCACAUAUAGCAUAUUCAUCCUAACAUCCGCUAUGCGGAUGUCCGUCUUCCCUUUGAACCUACGGUCCGAGUCGCCUUACUCUCCCGAGCCGGAGCCUUCUCCCUCCGUAGCUACCCCAGGUAGUCUACCAGAUCUCCCCCCUGCGCCUUCCCAUCCCGGUCCUUCCACCGCUCCGAAGGCCCUUCUCGCACCGCCGGAGGCCCCUCCAGCCUACGUGUCUCUUCUAGAAGAGGAACCGUUCAAGAUCCCGCAGGCCAUCGCGCGCACGACCGGCCUCCCCCCCAACCCCCGCCUCUCCCUCCCGAACAACCCCGCGAUCACGAAGGGCGAGUUCAUGAUCACGCCCGACACGCUGCGCUACCUCGGCACCGUUGUCGAGCACUUCUCCGCGCAGAUCCACGACGUGCAGCUCGCGCACCGCGCGGCGGAGGCGCGCGCGUCGCUGCAGGAGCAGGAGUUCAAGCGCCAGCGCGCGAAGUGCGCGGCACUGCUCGAGAGCGCGCGGGGCCUGGGCGGCGCGGAGGGCGCGCAGCGCGAGCGGCUCGCGCGCGUGCAGGAGACGCAGCGGGCGCUGCUUGCGCGCCUUGAUCGGACGCUGCAGGGCCUCAUGGCGAAGGCAAGCCCGGAGCUAAGUGAGAACGAGACGAAGUGGUUCGAGGAGCUCCGAAGGAUGAAGGCUGAGGUCGUGGGCGCCGGCAAGUUCGACGACCGGGCUCUGGUAGCCAGGGCGAAAUUGCUCCGGCGCGAGGUCGACCGGCUACUGCCAUACCUGAAAGAAUUGAGAGAGAAGGAGGAGACGCGACAGAAGAGUCUCGUGGCGAGCCGGGAAGCCCUCGGGCUGUCGCAAGCUUUCGAACUCGGGAAGCGGUCCACCGAAGAACGAACAAGGAUCACUCUCAUGGAAGCUGAAAUUCUGCGGUUGGCGAACGUACUAGACGUCACGCUCGGGCGGCCACCCGCCGUACAGACGAAGGACGGAGAAGCACAAGCGAAGUGAUUCGCUCCCGCGAGGGCUUGUUGUGGAUGUAUUUCUAGUCUCGGAACGCC